AUGCCUGCAUUAUCCAAAUUAGCCCAUCAAUGUGGUUUGCAAGUUCUCAAUACUAACUGCUAUGAAACGAUUCACACAUGGACCCCAAGUUGUAACCGUGCGAUUCUCGACACACUACCCGACUGCAUAGUUUAUUGUCUAAAAACUUAUGUUCCAUUCUACUUGGUAACAGCUUUGGCAACGAAGAGAGGAGAUGUGAGAAAAGUCGACUGGCGACGUUAUCUGAAAGAUGUUCUUCGUUCUUCAACAUUCCUCACCUGUAAUUUAGUACGUAACAACUUUUCUCUAUUAAGGCAUGUUUUGGGCUUUUUCACUCCUGUCUCUAUGGGUUUGCUUAGCAGUAUGUGUGCUAGCUUCUUUUCUUUAUUGCUGGAAAAGCGCAGUCGUUGGCCUGCUCUAGCGUUAUACCUGACAAAUCUGGUAAACUAUUCUGGAUUUUCUUCAAAUCGUUUAAUUGAGGCAUCUGAAACCGUGUUUCGGCAACUCCACAAUCAUGGAUACAUCCCAAGUGUGAACAAAGCCGAAGUUAUACCAUUUAUUAUUGGUACAGGGUUAAUAUCAUACCUAAAUACUGAGAUGAAGCUCGACAGUAGCACUAAGAAAGCUUUCGAGUUUACUUAUAAUCUCACCGGUAAGAGGGAUCUCGCUGAAAAUAACCCAAUGCCAAAACCUUUUAAAAGCUUUCUUUAUGAGCUCAGAAAAAAAUAUGGAAGGACGCAAUUAUGCCAGCAUCAACACUCCUGUGUUAACAAUAUAGCCGAGCCUACGGUCUUAAAUCGUCUACCAUUCACCAGCUCCACAUUCCGUAACGUUGCCGCCGGAACAGCCUCUGGCCUAGCAAUGCUGGCUUUUCCAAAUAUUUCCAUUGCUAUGUACAUUAUGUGGAAAGCUAUUGAGAUAAUCUACUAUGAUCUGGUCAAACAAGGAAAAAUCAAACCGUUGCCUUAUGGAGAUUUACUUCUGUACACCGUAUCCACUGGUUAUGUGCUCUGGCAGAUUAUCAUCGAACCUCAAGCUAUUCGAAAAGGAUAUCUCAAAUUUCUACUUGGGCUCACUGGGGACAGGAUGUCAUUGCUAAAUCGCCGUCUUUACGAACACUUUGGCUACCAGUCAUCUCUGUUGUUUCCCUAUCAACCUGUUCUGAACCCUAAAUAUGUAACAAUCAAUCCGAUGCUCUACCAAAUGACCUUCUUAUCUAAAUUGGCAUAUGCAUUAAAUAUGAAGAUACUUACUACUAAUUGCUAUGAAACUAUUCACACAUGGGAACCUGACUGUUAUAAAGCUAUACUGUUGACUACUUUGAUAAGUAAAAGAGGGAAUCUAAAAAAAGUUGAAUGGAAAAAGUUCUUCUUCGAUGUGAUGAGGUCAUCAGUGUUUCUGACGGCGAAUCUAUUACUAUUCCAGUACUUUAUCUGUCGAGCGAGGCAUUUAUUAGGAUUUUUCACAAUCCCAACGAUGGGUCUUCUGACAAGUCAAUUGGCAAGUCUUUGCGCAAUUCUUAUCGAAAAGCAGUCCAGAAGGCCAGCUUUGGCCUUAUACACAACUAAUCUGGCAUCAGAAACGCUCUAUCGACAGCUAUAUAAUCAUGGAUACUUAUUCAAAGUGAAAUACGGUGAAUGCAUCCCAUUUGCCGUCGGAAUUGGAAUUUUCAUGAUUCUUCGAGCUCGAGGGAAACUUGACGCCACAGUGCAAAAAGCGCUGAAGCUACCGGAUGACUUUCACGCAAUGUUGCAGAAAUUACGUCACGAUUAUGCCAGAACUGCCAAAUGUGAACAUAAAUAUUCUUGCGCUAGUGCUGCCAUAGAGAGUUUUGUAAAAAAUUUCACGAUAGGAGCGGGUAUAAGUGCCGUGUUUGCAUUAUUGCGCAAUUUGCGACGUCUAUUCACGAAUCCUUUGGCAAUUGCUAGGGUGUUACUCUCAAAAGAAAACCUAAAAUUGCCGUUGUUCUUUGGAGUACUGCCGUUUCUGUUUCAUACUAUCUGCUACCAAUCCGCAGAAGCUGGAAUUCUGCCGGUAGUACCAUACGCAGACAUAAUUAUGUACACCAUUUCUACGGGAUAUGUUCUUUGGCAAACUGUUGUUGAACCUCAAGCGGUUCGAAAAGGUUAUCUAGGAUUUCUGAAGCAACUAACUGGCGACCGAUUUGCACUUUUCAACCGGGAUCUGUACGAGCACUUCGGGUUCCAGUCUAAAUUAUUCUAUCCAGAUUUUAAGCCUGUACUCAAUACGAAGUAUGUCACAUUGAAUCCAAUGCUUUACCAGAAAAUAAUGCCACCUUGUUAG